AUGACAGACGGCCCGCUCGCGGCAAUGUUCGAUCUGCAGCGGCUGCAGCUAGCCGAUGUUCCGGAGGAGGAGGAGGGGGGUUGGGACCCAGCCGUCCGGACGGAAUCCUUCAUGGCGGAACUACCGCCUCACGAAUUGACAGAUGAGGCUGUUAGCACGGAGCGACGGGAGUGCGAGGUGGUCGCUCCGGACCUGUGUGGCCCUGUUCCUGGUCCUGUCAUGCCUGAGUUGCGGAGUGAUGCUGUACAGGGCAGCGGUGAUGAGGGAAGGGGUGGAGACUGGCGAAGAUGCUCCCCCCGCACGAACAUUGUGUUCAUCAAAGUGCACAAAGCGGGCUCCACCACCAUCACCUGCAUCCUGCAGCGGUUCGGCUUCGAGCACAACCUCACCUUCAUGUUACCCAGGAACCACAAGAGCGACUUGGGCUGGCCAAACCUCCUCAAGGUGGAAGACUACAUCCCCUCGGCAGACGGCAUGUUUAACCUGGUGGUGGAUCACACCGUGUACAACCGGCCGCUGAUGGAGGGGCUCAUGCCCGACAACACCGUCUACGUCACGGUGUUACGUCAUCCUCUGGCACAGAUCAAGUCCGUCUUCAACUGGUACAAGGUCAAGUCGGAGUACGGGAUCCACCAGCCCGAUCCCCUCGGCGCGUUCCUUAAGGAUCCAGACCGGUACGAGGUUCCUUACGUCAUCAGCAGGCAUCACAGACAGCCGCACUCCUUCACUAAGAACUUCAUGGCGUUCGACCUGGGGUUCCCGCUAGGCCUGUCGGGGCGCAGGAAAAGCGCGAAGAAUUUUGUGCGAAAGAUCGACAGAGAAGUCGAUUUCGUCCUGAUCCUGGAGCAUCUGAACGAGUCUCUGGUGAUGCUCCGCCGGCGGCUUUGCUGGACAACUAAAGACAUCCUUUACGACCUGACGCCACGAAACCUUAAAUCCUACCCCGAAAAGUUCGCUUCUUCGCUAAAAAGCCUAGAGCAAAGGCACAGGAACUGGAGCAACGUUGACUACGAGCUGUACGAAAACUUUAACCGGUCGCUAUGGGAACGGAUUGCAAAGCAGGGACCUGAUUUCGCAGAGGAAGUUCGUAGCUUCCGGCAUGUCGUUUCUACAGUAGCAGCGUACUGUGAUGCUGCCAUCUCUGGUCACGGAGCUGAUGGACACGAACUGUUGGUGGAACGGUCCAGAUGGUCCGAGGCCUUCACCGUGGAUCACGCGUUCUGCACGAAGCUGCGGAUGCAAUGGCAGGACUGGUACCACGUGCUGAAGAAAGCGCACAGACUUCCGCCCGGUGUGUCCAACGAGACGAGAGACACUAUAGGUUACCCGGGCCUGCUGACCAUCACCAAACAGCAGGUAGAACAGAUCUUCGGGAUCAAACCUUAG